CAGUACUUCCUCUUCCCAAGCCCCUCCCCUUCCGGCCAUCUGUCCCAGGGAGUCCAGAUGGACUGAGAAGAGGCUGCAGAAAGAGGUGUUUUGGGUCUGUCUCUCUCCAUCUGUCCCUUCUGCAGGAGGGCAGACUCUGCUGUUGUUCUGCCCCAAGGAGAGCCUGGGUGCUUCAUAUACAGAAGUUUGGACCUUUUCAUGCCUUGAGAGAGUCUGAAGAAAUAUAUCACACACAAAACCCUUCUGCUUUGCUGGAAUCUGCCUGGGAGCAGCGCCGAAAGAUGGAAGAGCAAGACUCAGCUGGUCCUGAGUUGGAAACCGGCUGUGCUGCCACUCCGCUUGCAAGCAAUGGGGAGUCCUGGGAAAGUAACCCAAAGAAGAGCUUGUCAGAAGAUGUACUCAGUUCAGAUGUGCAAAGGCAGCUUUUUAGGAAAUUCCACUACCAGGGAGCCAAAGGACCCCGAGAGACUUGCAGCCAACUCCACACUCUCUGUUGCUGGUGGCUGAAGCCAGAGCGAUACACCAAGGCGGAGAUGCUGGACCUGGUGCUCCUGGAGCAGUUCCUGACCAUCCUGCCCUGGGAGAUGUCAGCCUGGGUGCGAGAGUGUGGGGCAGAGACCAGUUCCCAGGCGGUGGCUUUGGUGGAGGGCUUCCUCCUGAGUCAAGCAGAAGGGACCAAGGAUGAGGAGAAACAGAACCUGUUUGCUCAAGAGGGCUCAGAAGCAAAGACGACAGUCUCAGACUCCGGACAGAAAACAGGGAGCACGGAGGAAAAUGAUGGGGAUGCCAGCUCAUUGGGAGGGGAAACAACACCACCGAGUCACAGCAACUUGUUUGAGGACAUGAGAACAUCUUCAGUGAAUCUGGAUCAGGUGACCUUUGAGGAAAUAGCUGUGGAUUUCAGCGAGGAGGAGUGGGCCCUGCUGGAUCCGGGACAAAGGGCCCUUCAUACAGAAGUGAUGUCAGAGAAUCUGGCCAUCAUGGCCAAUCUGGGUGGAGAUGGGCGAGAUCAUGGAGAUGAAGAGGAACCGUAUGGGACUUUCCUUGGAGGAGGCCAGUGUAAUCAGAAAGAAGGACAGGAACCCAAAGCUGACCAUCAAGAGAGGAGCAGGGACCCCUGUGGAAUCUCAUGUGAGGAAAUAAAGCAAAAUGAAGCGGAAGAAAAUGAAUACCUUUGCCACGAAUGUGGAAGAGGUUUCAGCUGUCCAACAAGCUUCAGCCUUCAUAGGAAGACUCAUACAAAGGGGACACUACCCAUAGACAGUGAGGGUCCCAAGGCCUGCAGUGUUGCCAAGUGCCUGCCGCCUCACAAAACAGACACAAGAGAACAACCACUUAUGUCACUGUGGUGUGGAAAGAGCUUCAAAUGGGGCUCACCGUUGUUCUCUCCUCCAAGAAACCACAUCAAAGAGCAACCCUUUAAGUUAGGGGAAUGUGGGAGGAUCUUCAGUCAGAAGGCACACUUCUCUCUUCCUCAAGGAGAGAACCCCAUUCCAAACAUGGAUCACGGAACAAGCUUCACUUCCAUGAUAAAUGUCACUCCUCCACAAGGAACCGAGCCAGGAGAGAAACCAUUCAAGUGUUUGGAGUGUGGGAAGAGUUUCACUCAGAAGACACACCUGGUUUGUCAUCAAAGAAGCCAUUCGGGGGAGAAACCAUUUAAGUGCUUUGAGUGUGGGAAAAGCUUUGGGUGGAAGUCGAGUUACACAAACCACCAGGCGACCCACACGGGGGAGACGCCCUUUCAGUGCCUGGACUGUGGAAAGAGCUUCGGGCGGAAGACGAGCCUCAUUAACCACCAAGCAACUCACAGAGGAGAGAAGCCAUUCACAUGCUUGGAGUGCGGGAAGAGUUUCCGAUGGAAGACCAGCCUCACGAACCACCAAGCCAUCCACACGGGAGAGAAACCCUUUCAGUGCCUGGAGUGCGGCCAGACCUUCAGCCAGAAGGUGCACCUCACCUCACAUCAAGCCACUCACACGGGGGCAAAGCCCUUCGAGUGCUCGGAGUGCGGCAAAACGUUCAUGCAGAAGACGCGUCUCAUUUGCCACCAGGCGGCUCACAGGGGGGAGAAGCCCUUCAAAUGCGCCGAGUGUGGAAAGAGCUUCAGCUGGAAGACCAGCCUCACAACUCACCAGGCCUCUCACGCAGGAGAGAAGCGGUUCCAGUGCUUGGAGUGCGGGAAGAGGUUUGAGCGGAGGAUCCACCUCCUCCGUCACCAGGGGACUCACACCGGGGAGCAGGCCUUCCAGUGCUUGGAGUGCGGGAAGGGCUUCAGCUGGAAGACCAGCCUCAUCAACCACCAGGCCACUCACACGGGGAGCAGGCCCUUCCAGUGCUUCCACUGUGAAAGGAGCUUCCGGCAGAAGGCCCAUCUCACUUCCCACCUGUCUACUCACACCGGGGAGAAACCCUACCAGUGCCUGGAAUGUGGGAAAAGCUUUUGCUGGAAGACCAGCCUCAUAAACCAUCAGGCAUCCCACACAGGCGAGAAGCCCUUUCAAUGCUUGGAGAUCUGAAAGAUGGUGCAACUCAGAAUGCGGAGAAAGUGUUGAAAUGUUUGAACUACAGAUAGAGGUUGAGGAAGAUGCCAGAUUUCAAAGCCUUGGAAGCCAGCCCUUGUUUCUCAUCAAGCCCUUGUUUCUCCAGAAGACAGGAGCAGAAUUCAAAACGAUUGUCACAGAUUAGAAAGAUGAUUGGCCAAAACUAACAAAAUGAACUUCAACAGGGACAAAUGUAAGAGACUCCACUUAGGCAGAAAAAUGAAAUGCAAAGAUACAGAAUGGGAUACAAUGCCUGGCUCAACAGCAGGAUGUCUGGAAAAGAUCUUGGAGUCUUCGUGGGGAGGAAGGGGAACAUGAGCCAACAGUGCAAUGCAACAACUAAAAAAGCCAAUGGGAUUUUGGCCUGCAUAAAUAGGAGUAUAGUGUCUAGAUCCAGGGAAGUCAUGCUACUUCUCUAUUCCGUCUUGGUCAGACCUCACCUGGAAUAUUGUGUCCAGUUCUGGGCACCGCAACUAAAGGGAGAUGUUGAUAAGCUGGAAUGUGUCCAGAGGAGGGCGACUAAAAUGAUCUGCCGAACAAGCCCUAUGAGGAGCGGCUUAAAGAGCUGGGCAUGUUUAGCCUGCAGAAGAGAAGGCUGAGAGGAGACAUGAUGGCCAUGUAUAAAUAUGUGAGGGGAAGUCAUAGGGAGGAGAGAGCAAGAUUGUUUUCUGCUGCCCUGGAGACUAGGGCGCAGGACAACGACUUCAAACUACAGGAAAGGAGAUUAUACUUGAACAUUAGGAAGAACCUCCAGACUCAGAGCUGUUCAGCAGUGGAACUCUCUGCCCCAGAGUGUGGUGGAGUCUCCUUCUUUGGAGGCUUUUAAACAGAGGCUAGAAGGCCAUCUGUCGGGGGUGCUUUGAAUGCGAUUUUCCUGCUUCUUGACGGAAUGGGGUUGGACUGGAUGGCCCACGAGGUCUCUUCCAACUCUAGGAUUCUAUAAACAACUCACACAGAGAAAGAACCAUAAAUUAGAAUCACAGAUUUGGAUGAGGUGCCCAGGGCCAUCCAUUCCAACCCCUUCCUGCCAUUCAGGAAGCACCAUCCAAGCACGCCUGACAGAUGACCAUCCAGCUUCUGAUUUGAAUCACUGCCAAGCAUCUCUUAACAUCAGGAAGUUCUUCCUAAUGUUUGGGUGGAAUUUCUUUUUUUGUAGUUUGAAUCCAUAUUGUCUGCUUUGAACUGGAUUAUAUGAGUCUACACCAGGCAUGGGCAAACUUCAGCCCUCCAGGUGUUUUGGACUUCAACUCCCACAAUUCCUAACAGCCGGUAGGCUGUUAGGAAUUGUGGGAGUUGAAGUCCAAAACACCUGGAGGGCCGAAGUUUGCCCAUACCUGGUCUACACUGUCAUACAAGCCAGUUCAAAGCAGACAAUAUGGAUUUUAUAUGGCAGUGUAGAAGGAGUUUCAGUCUCAGGAGCAGCAGUAAACUUGCCUGACCAUAGAACAUCCCUUCAGAUAUUUAAACACGGCUAUCACGGUGCCAUUUAAGCACGUGGGACAUUGAUACUAGCAAGAUGGAAACCCCAAUUUGUUAUCAAGCAACUCAUCACGGUGGGAAACCAUUUCAGUGCUUCAAAUGAGUGAAAGGUUUCACUUAUCGUCUAGCAAUUAAUAAGCAAGGAACCAUUGAAAUGUUCUUUAACUGUGAAAAGAACUGUAAUUGCAGAACUGAUUUUUUGUUUCUACUACAGAGGACUCAUUGAGGGACUGCAUCUUUUUUCACAAAGCAAAUAUACAGCUCUCCUUUAUUGGAAUUAUUGUUGACCUUCAAUUUAAGAUGUCAUUUGGUGCCAUGUGGGAUAAAAUGGAAGCACUUAAUAAAGUAAUAAUAAUAAAAACA